AUCUCAGCAGGGCCCGCCACAUCACCAACGCCUUGGCAGUCAUCUGAAGGUACGACUUCAGGUAGUCAUCCCACCUCCCAAGCUCUAAUUCGAGCAAAUGCGUCUCAGAAAAUAGAUCACUUAAAGAAAUGGAGUAUUUCAACUUAUAAAUUCACCAGGCAGUAUCUUUCUGAACGUUUUGGUAAAGGCACAAGGACCGUGGACAAAGAACUUGAAGGACAGAUUCUUCUGUUAAAAGAAACCCAAGUAAAGUAUGUUAAUGUUCUAAAACUGGCAAAACAGAUGACGAACCAUUUACAGAAUAUGGUUCAAAGUCAAAGAGGUCUUGCCGAUGCCUUUGCAGAUUUAGGGGUAAAAUCUCCAGAACUUCAGGCUGACUUUAACUACAAUUCUGAGUACCAAAGAUUACUGGUCAAGAAUGGAGAAGUUCUUCUUGGGGCACUUAAGCUUUUUACAUCUAACUUGACGACUCUGGUGCACAAGACCAUAGAGGAUUCCAUCAUGACAGUGAAAGCUUAUGAAUCCGCCAGAAUAGAAUAUGAUGCUUACAGGACAGACCUGGAAUCCAUCCAAGUUGGACCAAGAACAGCAGCGACAGUUCACAAAGCUGAAGCGGCAAAGCAGAAGUAUGAUGUCCAAAAAGACAAAUUUGAUCGACUUCGGGGUGAUUUAGCGAUCAAACUCAGAUUUUUAGAAGAAAACAAGGUAUUUUUGCAAUUCACGUCUCAUGUGACCCACUUUCAGUAAUCAUGGCGAGAUGUUGUCUUUUACACUACCGCUAUGGGCUUUACUCGGGUGGACAUGAAAAAAAUUAUAGAAUUCCCUUUUGAAAAUAAAAGCAUUUGAGCAUUUAUGCGGGGUUUCGACGGAAGCACUUAAAAAAUCUGAAUUUCCUUGACGAUGCCACUUAUUUUCAUCUGAUACGGUAUUUUAACAGAAAUUUUCAAUAAUCAACAGACAUAACUUUUAGUGAAAUUAUGAUGAAAAAUUUUGGACAUUUAAAAAGUGGAAAAUCCUAAAGAAAGACAUUAUAUAAGAUAUCUUGUUUGAGGUCACAAAUACAUUGCGAAGUCUAAGCUAGAACUGUUUAUUUUGUGUGAGCGUGCAAUUUAUAUCAGCUGUUUAAAACUGAUGUGACUAUAUCCAAGAUGAAAUGUUAGUCUUGCUUGAAGGGGGGAAGAGGUAUCUUGGGUUAGUGACAUAGGUAUCUAUGAGAAGUCAUCGUAGGUUUUAAGUAUCAAUGUUUCAUUAAUAUGAGCAAACAAUUGUUGUGAGGAGUGCCCUAUUAGACGUUGCAUGUAGACACCUUAAACGUUUAUUCCACGCAAUGCGCCCGAGUAGAAGUUGGAUCAGUUUUGCUAUUUGUUUCUUUUAUCUACUUCCUCAACAGGUGAAAGUAAUGCAUAAACAAUUGUCACUCUUCCAAAAUGCAACUACAGCUUACUUUGCUGGAAACAAAGGGGCCCUGGAUGACAGUAUGAAGGAAUUUCAGAACAAAUACAAGAACAAUGAUGGCAAAAAGCCAUUUAUCCUGGAACAUUGA